AUGGGAUCUGAAGAGGGGAAUAUCACUGGUGCACACAACAAUUUUGCAGCUAUCUUCAAUUCCCAUCGGGAGCGUGCUGCCUCCCUCCCAUUCAAUUUUAGCUACGGUGACUAUGACCUGCCUCUAGAUGAAGAUGAGGAUGUAACCAAGACCCGUACCUUCUUUGCUGCUAAGAUUGUCAUUGGUGUGGCUCUAGUGGGCAUCAUGUUAGUCUGUGGCAUUGGUAACUUUGUUUUCAUUGCUGCCCUAGCCAGAUACAAGAAGCUGCGCAAUCUCACCAACCUGCUCAUUGCCAACCUGGCCAUCUCUGACUUCUUGGUGGCCAUUGUGUGCUGUCCCUUUGAAAUGGACUACUAUGUGGUCCGCCAACUCUCCUGGGAACACGGUCAUGUGCUCUGUGCCUCUGUCAACUACCUUCGUACUGUCUCUCUUUAUGUCUCUACCAACGCCUUGCUGGCCAUUGCUGUAGACAGAUAUCUGGCUAUCGUCCAUCCCCUGAAACCACGGAUGAAUUAUCAAACAGCAACCUUUCUGAUAGCAUUAGUCUGGAUCGUAUCUAUUCUAAUCGCCAUCCCAUCAGCUUACUUCGCGACAGAGACUGUCCUCUUCAUUGUCAAAAGUCAAGAGAAAAUUUUCUGUGGCCAGAUCUGGCCAGUAGACCAGCAAAUCUACUACAAAUCUUACUUCCUAUUCAUCUUUGGCAUUGAAUUUGUGGGUCCCGUGAUCACCAUGACCCUGUGUUACGCCAGGAUCUCCCGAGAGCUCUGGUUCAAGGCUGUCCCCGGUUUCCAGACAGAACAGAUUCGAAAACGACUCCGCUGCCGAAGGAAGACAGUCCUGGUGCUCAUGUGUAUCCUGACUGCCUACGUCAUCUGCUGGGCCCCUUUUUACGGCUUCACCAUCGUCCGGGACUUCUUCCCUACCGUGUUUGUGAAGGAGAAGCACUACCUAACAGCUUUCUACAUCGUGGAGUGCAUAGCCAUGAGCAACAGUAUGAUCAAUACCGUGUGCUUUGUCACCGUCAAAAACAACACCAUGAAGUACUUUAAGAAGAUCAUGCUGCUCCGCUGGAAGUCUUCUUACAACGGGAGCAAGUCCAGUGCGGACGUUGACCUCAAGACCAGUGGCAUGCCCGUUACAGAAGAGGUGGAUUGUAUCCGAUUAAAGUGA